GGAGAAGAGUGAUAGGAGAGGAGUGAUCUAAAGGAGUGAUCGAGAGGAGUGAUCUAAAGGAGUGAUCAAAAGGAGUGAUCAAGAGGAGUGAUCUAAAGGAGUGUUCGAGAGGAGUGAUCUCAAGGAGUGAUCGAGAGGAGUGAUCUAAAGGAGUGAUCGAGAGGAGUGAUCGAGAGGAGUGAUCUAAAGGAGUGCUCCAGUGCUGGUGAACCGGAGGGGAGGGGUUAUCCUCUGGCCUCACGGCCUCACUCCGCCUCCCCUCACAGCGUCGGACGGCUGCUCUCUCUUCAGCUCCUAUCCUCUCUCCAGUGAUCGUUGUCCCCCUGAAGGUUCUGCCGUCUGACGGCCGUCUUUCUGUCUGUCUGUGUCAGUCAGUCCGCCGUGCAGCGCGAGGCUCCCCGCUGACUGAAGUUCCCCAAGUCCGACGGGUCGCGCUGAGCGAUGGUGACUUUACGCGCGGAACCAGAGGAGCUUUGAGGAGUCGUGUUGUUCCCCCCACCGGGUCACACACCGGGUCUUGGACCAGGAGCAGGACAAGGACUAGCAAGCAGGAGGAUGUCGUCACAGCGGGCCUCUCCUCCCUAUCCCCCGUCGACAGAGGACGAGCCAAUGAUAGGCGGGGAGAGUAGCGCCUGGGCCAAUGAGGACAGAGACAUACAGCAAGGCCCGCCUCCUCUUCAUAACAUGGAAGAGAGUUCAAACGAGCCGCAGCCAAAGAGAGAGAAGCAGGGCGGCGAGGGGGAGUGGGAGAGCUCCCGGCCAGCCCCCAUGGACAGUGAGCCGGGCAGCAAGGGGGGCUUGUUCUACUCAUACCGGAACCCCUCCCCCACCAAGCCGGAGGACCUCCCCCGGGGAGAGCGGGGUGAGCCCGUCUCAACGCUGGCCUUCGGAACGCCAGAGCGGCGCAAGGGCAGCCUGGCGGACGUGGUGGACUCACUGAAGCAGAAGAAGAUGGUGGAGCUCACCAGGACAGAGCACGAUGCCACUACGAGACGCUGAGCCAGCACCUGGGAAGCUGGGCGGGGAGGCCGGCAAGAUGGUCCACCGCGUCAUCGACCUCCACCAGACCGGAGGACCUGGACGGCAGCAGUGCCGCGGAGGCCCGGGUGUUCCGGGACUCCCGGGGCAGGACCAGCAGCGAGCCGCACAUCAAGAGGCCCAUGAACGCCUUCAUGGUGUGGGCCAAAGACGAGCGGCGGAAGAUCCUCCAGACCUUCCCCGACAUGCACAACUCCAACAUCAGCAAGAUCCUGGGCUCCCGGUGGAAGGCUAUGACCAACCUGGAGAAGCAGCCUUACUACGAGGAGCAGGCGAGGCUCAGCAAGCAGCACCUGGAGAAAUACCCAGACUACAAGUACAAGCCGCGGCCCAAGAGGACCUGCCUGGUGGACGGCAAGAAGCUGCGCAUCGGGGAGUACAAGGCCAUCAUGAGGAGCCGGCGGCAGGAGAUGAAGCAGUACUUCAGCGUCGGACCUCAGCCAUCGAUCUCCCUUGGCAACACCGUGGGCAGCGUGGGGGGCUUCCCGGGAGGCAUCACCAUGGCAACGACAACAGGGGCCACGCCCUCCCCCCACCUCACCUCCGACUGCUCCAGUAACUCGGGCAGCCCCGAGCCGGCCAUCGCCGUCAUCCAGAGUGUGUACGGCGUGAAGGCGGAGCUAGGCAGGGGGGGCGGGGCCUCAGAGCCGCCCAGUGAUCCAACCAAUGGGAAGGAGGCGGUGGACAUGUACGAGGACUACGAGCCCAAGUCGGACUACAGCAGCGACCAGGAGUCACGUGGCGCCAUCGCUGCUAACUGAGCACGCUCACAAGACAACAGACAACAAACAACAGGAAAUAACAGACAAUAAGACGACAACAACAACAAUACAUCAACACCUUGAGACACCUUUAGAUAAAGUCCUACUGCAGGGGUUCAGCCAGCAGCUGACGAGAGUUCUGGACCGUCACCAUGGAGUGAACACUCCCAGGACGGAGCCCACAGAGACACCUCCCUGACCAGAGAGAGAGAGAGAGAGAGAGAGAGAGAGAGAGAGAGAGAGAGAGAGAGAGAGAGAGAGAGAGA